AUGUCAGUUGAGUUUAAAUAAAAAUGUCUGAUGUAGAAUCAAAUCAAUCUAACCGUAACUCAAGCUCAGUGCCUCUUAAUCUAGAAGUUUUCGCGACACAUGACGAAUUGAUAGAAAGAGUUUCUCAUGAAAUUCAUUCUCCAUGGAAGUGGAUUCCUGUUUUGACGUACUUAGCCUCUGCGCUAACUGGAUAUGCAGCAUCUAUUUUAUUUUAUUUAUUUUGGGAAGAUAUUUUUGGAGGUAAUUGUCCACUGUGGGCUACAGUAGAACCUCCAGUACACGUGAGAAGCAUGAGAAGCAUGGAUGGCUCAAUUAUAAAUGACAAUAAUAAUAAUGAGGAUAUAAUUACUGAUUGGAGGUCUAAAGUGCUGGUUACUUUUUUAUAUAAAACACAUUGCCAGUAUUUUCAUUUUGUUUGUCUGUGCUCGUGUUCUUUUGGAAUUAUCUGGUGUAUGUUAUUUGCUAGAUGCGCUACAGGAAUAUUUGGAGCUCAAUGGCUGAUAGUUCCACCAGUUUUAAUUUUUCAAGUUAUUUUCACGGUAGUAAUUUAUCAAGCCGCUUAUAAUUAUUAUCAAGGAUUCAAAAGUUUUACAGCAAAUUUAAAAUUAGUCUCUGCCAAGUAUAUGAAUGUCACUGAAAUGGCUAAAUAUCCCCUGGAUUGUGAAUUAGCAAUUCAUUAUUUAGAAAUAUUUAACAUCAAUACUUCUCACAAUUUAUGUAAAAUUCAAAAACUUCUUCAGCUCAUAAUGUCAGGAAUGGUUUGGAGUUGGAUCGGCGGCUUGGCGUUUCUCAUAUUUCGCAUCAUCGUUGUCAAUGACUUCAGACUAUUAAGAACAGUCGCCUACAAAGUGCCUAAAAAUUCAAUUUUAAUCAAAGACGACCGAGAUCUUGAAAAAGUAAAGCCUGACCCACUAAGAAGAAAAAGAAAGAAGCAAUACAAAAAAUUGACCUACUUGUUAGCUCAAACAUAAAAAAAAAAAACACUUGAAAUUUUAUUAUUAAAACACUUAAGUAAAUAAAUUAAUCAUCGCUUUCUUUCAUGCUCUGUAUUCUAGACCUAAGCUUCGCGUAUUCAACCCCGCGGCUUGACAUUUCUUUGAUCACCUCCGGGGUCACAGAGAAAAGUUUCCGCUGCAGUGAUAAUAUUUUUUUUCUCUUCGCAUCUUUCUGACGUCUCAGCAUAUUAAAUUCAACUUGCAAUUUAUUUUUAAUUUCUUCCAACUCUCCAAGUUUGUUUUUAUAAAUCAAAAUAUCAUUAUCUAGACUCACCGAUUGUUCUUUGACUUUUGAUAACAUCUAUUUUAAAACAAUCUAUUUAAAAAUAAUUACCAACAAUAAAAAUAUCGUCAGUACUUACGUCAAUUAUUGCGACACAUUUAUUGUGAUGACUUUCGAUUUUUUUUUCUCGCUUAUUGAAAAUUUCCAUAUGAGAAUCUUUAAUCAUAGAUAAAUUCUCGUACUCUGACACGGUGUAACCUUCACCUAGAAUAUUAAUUCUAGAAAGUUCCUCAUUUACUUUCUUCAAAAUAAUCUUCAAAUUAAAAAAAACGACGCGAGUGUCUUUCAAAUUUUCCAUACGACUCUGCAUCUUAGCCAGCAACCGACCAAUUUUUUUAUUAACAUGCGCUAAUUUAAAUUUAUUGUCUUUUUUUUUAAAAGCUUCAACGCCAGUAUCAAAAAAAAGGACUCGGAAUUCUUCAAAUGAUUUUUCAAACUCCGCUCGCUGUGAUUCGUACAAUUUUUUUGACUCUUCGCUGACUUGGACUAAAUCUUUUUUUGAACUCUCCAAAGAAUUUUUAACUGUUUCAAAUUCAUUUAAUACAGCUUCGUACCU